ACUACCUGUUUUGUCAUGAAUGUAACCAAAGUGUGUAAAACAUGACGGUAAAAUCACAUUAUAAAACGGAUAGUUCCGGUCCUAAAAUCUGAUUGGCUGAGCCGCGUUCGAAGCCGUUGUAAAAUCCCCGAUAAACGCACACCUAGGACCACCUCACAUCAUUCCAUAUUAAUACGCCACUGAAUGGAAAAAGUUAAAGUUAUUUUCGCCCUCAUGUUGCCUAGCAACACUGUUAAUCGGACUACCUUGCGUCGCGGAAGAAUGCUUUAUUUUUAUGCAAAGGGGUCUUGAUGCAGAGGUAAAGAAACAACUAGAGGAAGAAGAAAAGAGGAUAAUAAGUGAUGAUCACUGGUAUUUGGACCUGCCUCAGCUUAAAGCAAAAGAGAGCUACAUUGUUGAGGAAAGAAGUUAUGUUUCAUGUGAGGACUUGGUGUAUGGAAGGAUGUCGUUUAAGGGCUUUAAUCCUGAAGUUGAGAAGCUGAUGGUUCUGAUGAACGCUCCCAGAGAGGAGGAGGAUGAAGAAGAGACGGAUAUGGCCCGGAUGGAAACGGAUAUCACAGAUGAGGAGAUGGCAUUGAGAUAUGAGAGCUUGGUUGAAAGCAUGAAAAGAAGAUUUGCCAAGAAAAGAGAUCGUUCAUCUCUCGGAGACAGUGAGAAAGAUGUGAACCACAAUGUUGUAGCGACACAACCGAAAAAAGCCUUUUUAAAGCCUCAGGACUGAUACUUUUUUGUAAGCUGUUGGGGGGAAAAAAGUGAUAAGGGUUUUUUGUUAAUUUUUUAGACACCUUUUUGGACUUUUAAAGCUUUUAUUUCAUUACAAAUGUGCUGCAGAAUGGCAGUAAAAACUGGAUGUCAUACAUCCUUAUUUUUAAAUGAAAAGGCUGUUAAAGUCUAAUGUAAAAACCUCAUUUGUCUUCAAAUGUGAUGUCAUCACUGUAAUAUGCUUGAAUACAACGUCACUUGAAUUUAAUUUGUUAAACAAAUGUUUUUUUUUUUUUAAAGCACUGGUACAUUGUCCUAAAUAACACACUGUAUGAGUAAAAACAAUGACCUAUAUAAGUAAAUGUUCAUUUCAAAGUCACUCCUGCAGGCAGAAAUGUAUCAUACUUUAACAUGUGUAAAAACAAAGCAUCAAACAGCCAGCUCGGACAGACUUUUUGCAGGAAUGGAAAAGCCCAGGCAGUGUGUCCAGGGUAAUAGAAGUGCUUUGGCCUUUCUGAGAGCAGAGCAUGCUUUAUAUCAUCCAGAACCGGUCUGAAAUCUGAGCAGGCGUUUGCAGUCAUGUUGCUUAAACGUUGCUGCAUGGUGCAGAUGUACUCUUCUCCAUAAGCCUUUAUUACUUCUGGUGCUUGAGUGCUCAGGAUUUCAUUCUGAAUGUUAUUCCAUCCCUCUUGAUUGCCUAGAAUGUCUGACAUGGGGGGGAGGGGGGGUUACUUUAAAAAUAGUUUGACAUAGAUUGACACAUCAGUGAUAAAACUUGUGUUUAGAUUUAGCAGUUAUGUGAUGAGCAAGUUUCUGGUGCAAAAGAGUCUCUGGUGUGGGUAGCAAACUGAACUGCAAAAGGGAUUAAACAUUAUUAUCUUACUGUGGUUAAAUUAAACUCGCAGAUGAUGGAUCUUGCAUUUGUGUGUGCAUUUGCUUCCACCCCAAAUACAAAACAAUUGGGACAGCAUGGAAAAUGCAAAUAAAAAAAAAAAGUGUUUCUUAAAUUUA